AUGGAGCUUGGAAAGAAGAAUGAGACACCGACACUACCAAACAGAGCCACUCACACCGGCAUUCACAUAUUCUUAAACCUCUCUCUCAUGGCUCUUCUGCUGCUGUCUUUGCUCCUCUUGGCCAUCACCGGCCCUUCAAGUGCGACGUACUGUGUGUGCAAAGAUGGGAUGAGUGAUCAAGUUCUGCAGAAAGCCCUCGACUAUGCCUGCGGGGCCGGGGCCGACUGUAGCCCCAUCCUCUCGAGCGGAGCCUGCUACCAGCCCAACACCGUCAAGAGCCACUGCGACUACGCUGUGAACAGCUACUUCCAGCGGAAGGGUGAGGCUGCCGGGAGCUGUGACUUCGCCGGAACAGCCACCACCUCCGCUUCUGCUCCCUCCCAAUCAGGUUCAUGUGUCUAUCCUUCAAGUCCCAGCACGACCGGGGGAAGCAGCACGACCCCACCCACAGGCACCACCACCCCACCCACUGGCACCACCACCCCCACCACCACUCCUGGCACUCCUGGCACAUCGACCACCCCGACUACUGGCACCACCACCCCCUCCACCACUCCAACCACUACCACCUCAACCACCCCUUCCUCCACCCCAUCCAUCUACAACAGCGGCACCGGGCUGGGCCCGACUGGCCUCACGGACUCUUCCUUCCGCUUCACCCCCAGCUGGGCCACCACCUUGACCUUCCUCCUCCUCCUCCCACUCUUCUCCUAUCUCCACCGCGCCUGAUUGAGGACUCUUAACCCUGCUGAGGCUGAGGCUUUGCUGCUUGAUGUUUCUGCCACGCGUGGUGUAUGUGAUCAUUAUUGAAUGUAGGGGAGUGGUGGAAUCAAGAAUCAUGUAGAGACAAGAGCCCACUAGGAUGUUUUUUUUUUUCUUCUCUUUUCCUUUGUUUUGUUCUCCUCCUUCUUUAGCAGUAUAGUAUUAUCAUAUCAUGAGAGGGAAAAAGGGCUGGAAGAAUUCGAUUCCUUUUUUGAGUGGCGCCAUGACUGGUAAUGGGGUUGUAGAUUGGGCUCAGCGAGGCUUAGUAAUGGCACCUUCAUCAUCAUCAUCAUCAUCAUCGAUCAUCUCUCUCUGUCUUAUUAGGCGUUAGAAGACAUUUCCCUUCUGUAUAUUAAGAGCAGCUUCUUUUCUUUUUCUAAUGGAGCACUUCUCAUGCGAUACCCAGCUAGCUUUUAUAUUCAUUGCGUCUCAAACCCAUGUUUGGGAUGAUUGAUGUUUGCUAAUGAGUUCGGGUUAGUAA